AUGCCACCCAAUACCAAAGACACAACCGGAGUGCUUUACGAAUCUGAUGCGCAGACAGUAGACGGUGGAUUGUCGACGGAGCUGAGCAAUCCGAAGACCACCGAUGGCAGGAAACUGGAGCUGGUAUGGUUCAAUAUAGUGUUGUUCCUGAUCCUUCACAUAUCUUCGCUAUAUGGAGUGUGGCUGUUCUUCACUUCGGCCACGUGGACAACGUUCCUGCUGCUCUGGCCAGCGGUUGUGGUGACCAUUUUGGGAGUUUCCGGCGGUGCCCAUCGUUUGUGGGCUCAUCGCACCUUCAAGGCGAAUACACCGCUCAAGCUGAUCUUGUUCCUGAACACUUUGGCCUUCCAGGAUGCGGUCUACUAUUGGGCCCGGGAUCAUCGUGUGCACCACAAGUAUACGGAAACUGAUGCGGAAAACUCAUUAUAUCCAGUACUGUUUUUACCGAAAUAA